CCCAUUUUCACGUCCAUCGCGACACCCCGGGAAAUUUUGUUCUCGCACUAUUUAAUUUGCAUAGUUUCGCGUGAAUUAACAUCAGUCCGUACGAAAUAUUCACUGUAUCUUCUGUGCUAUCGUUUAAUUGCUCUUGGAAUUUUGUACGAAAUUCCUAGCUUACACGAGAAGGGCGAGAAGGGCGCCAUUCUUCGUGAAACUUGAAGAUUUCUGUAUCACGGCGUGGUACGGUGCGCGGGACCUAGGACAACCGGCUGCCCGUGCCCUUUAUCAACGAAGCUUUUUAGUUCUUCUUAUAUUUUGUACUUGUGCUGAUUUUCAAAGACUCCCGUCUAUUCUUACUAAGACUCGAAUCCACAAAUUUGCUUUAUUGCGGUGAACCAUCAAACAGUAAAAAUGGCACAGGAUCCUGACAUGCCCACCUUCAAGUGUGUCCUGGUUGGGGAUGGUGGUACUGGCAAGACUACCUUCGUCAAACGUCACUUGACUGGAGAGUUUGAGAAGAAAUAUGUUGCCACUUUGGGUGUCGAAGUACAUCCAUUGAUCUUUCACACGAAUCGAGGACCUAUAAGGUUCAAUGUGUGGGACACAGCUGGUCAGGAGAAAUUUGGUGGACUUCGAGAUGGCUAUUACAUUCAAGGACAGUGUGCUGUUAUUAUGUUCGAUGUUACGUCUCGAGUGACGUAUAAAAAUGUUCCAAACUGGCAUAGAGACUUAGUCAGAGUCUGUGAAAAUAUACCUAUUGUACUCUGUGGCAACAAGGUUGACAUUAAAGAUAGGAAAGUCAAGGCCAAGAGCAUCGUCUUUCACAGGAAGAAGAAUCUUCAGUAUUAUGACAUCAGUGCAAAGAGUAACUACAACUUUGAGAAACCUUUCCUGUGGUUGGCGCGCAAGCUCAUCGGAGACCCCAAUCUCGAAUUCGUGGCGAUGCCUGCUCUUCUACCCCCAGAAGUAACCAUGGAUCCCAUGUGGCAACAACAGAUUGAAAAGGACCUCAAGGAGGCCCAAGAUACGGCGUUGCCAGAGGAUGAUGAGGACCUUUAGAUCAUUUCUUAUGCGUACGGGGUCUUACCGAAGCAAACGCGUUAUUUACUAUUUUUAUAAGCGAAGGUAACUGUAUAAUUCGUUCGACUUAAAUUAUAAAACCAGCGUUUCCCUUUCCCGUCCUCCCCUUAUUUUUUUUACGUAUAACCAUUGUUUCGUUGCAAUCGGCAAGAAGUUCACUGCUCCAGAAACUUUAUGCGAAUCGCGCACUCAAUAUUUAUGAGACAAUGUUGGCCUCCCGGAACCGUGUUAAAACCUCGACGCACGAACAAGUUCCUGGAGCAUUGUGGUUGAGAUAAAAUGCAGGUGCAUCCAAUGAAAUGUAUAAAAUCGAUUCCUGGUAAUUUUGCGGAUAUCAAGUCCGAUCGGUCUGCUGGACAGGAGCAGAUUGUACCGCUGAUUUCUGAAUUUAAUAAAACAUCAAUGAACAACACUA